AUGCAUUACCAAACACCAACUGAUACAUUUGUCACGGCCGAAUCAAUUAGAAAUGACGAAUACAUUUAUUUUGGAGGUGAAACUGUUUAUCAUCAUGAAAUUUUUGUCGAUUUUCAUUCACAACUUUUAACAUCAUAUAUGUCAUUUGCUGGGUUCACCGAAGCCUACAACGACAAAAUCGAUACACUCCGAAACCGGAAUGCACGACAGAAUGAUCAGACAACAACAAUAUCAACAGGAGCAUUCACACAAUGCACAAAUAAACCAACACAACAGCACACUUCAUCAGGCUUAAUACAGAGAAAACGACGUUCGUCAGUUACGAAAAUGAAUGAAAAGUCCAUUCAAAUCAAUUACAUAAUUUAUGAGACAAUGCGCAUGGUGUUUAUGUUAACUGAUUCAACAAAAUAUCCGAUACCACGAACACUAACAGACAAACAAGUUAAAGAUACAUAUUUUAGAACACAUAAUGAUUAUUUCUAUUCUUUGUUCACGGCAUUCUGGACAAGGCAUAAAACGCUAUCCAAAACAUGCAGUACGAAUUGUUCGAAAGUAUUUCUCGUUGAUGGCCACAGAAAAGCGCAUCGAUUUGUAUGUCAACAAGAAAAUGUAUGCGAUUUAUCAACCGAAGAAAUGGGUGCUGUCCAUGUUGGCUGCCCAGAAACUCCUUUACGUGCUACAGAGCUAGGUGAUAAGCGUUACUGCAGACUCCAUCAAAAUCAACAGAAACAGCCUAAUUCCAAUCAAACCAAAGUCGAUAUAAAUGAUCCAAAUGCUGAAAUGAUCAAAUUAGCGAAUGAAGCAAGACAACAAGAAAUUACAGCAUCAAAAGAAGAACACACAUGUAAUGUUUAUCGAGAUGAUAUAAUAAAUGAUAAAAGAUUAUCAAGCUAUGGAAUAUUGGUCACUUUUUUCAAUUGUUCAGUUAUCGUCGGUUUCGAUGAGUGCCCAAGGUCGGAAGGCAUGAGACGUGUAAUACGUCAUUUAUUGCGAAUUUUGGAAUAUGGGCAAUUACCGUCUGCGUGCAUGUAUGAUACCGCCUGCAUGUUAAAAUUAUUUAUCAAAAAUUGGUAUGAUACACCUUAUUUGAAGAAAUCCGAAAGAACCGAAUUUUUAUCAAAAGUCACAUUCGCAAUAGACCGUUUCCAUCAGCCAAACCACAAACAAGCAAUGUGCAAACAUGAAAUGCGUGCUGAUCACGAGAGCCAUGGUUCAACAUUUAAUGACGUCGAUUCCCAAGUGGCAGAAAGAAUGUUCUCAUAUUUAACUAACUUCAAACAUUCUUUUCGUGCUUACACCUACCCAAAAUCACGUGCAUUUUUUUUAAUAUUAUUCCACUUGAAAAACUGUAAAACAACAAAAAUUAACCCCGAUGAACAACGAAUCGGCUGCUGUGUGAUACCAAAAGAUGAACAAACAACUAACAAACGAAAUGACUCAUCGAUCAGAACUCCACAAAAUUUAUCACAUAAUAAAAAUUUAACUCAAAAACCUAUACUAACGUUCAUCUCAACAGUCGACGAUGAACAAGUGGAGAUGUUAGCUACAGAAGAUGAAACGAUAUCGCCGGUACGCGCACAGUUACGUGUUCUGAAAGCUGAACAAAACAAAACAUUGAAUCAAAACAACUUUCCAUUACGUGAUACGCUUCAGUUAAGCACAAACACAACAGGCGCCAGUUCAAUAGCAUCAAAAUCAGCGUCAGGUAAAUGA